AUGGCAUCCCCAAGCCGCACCCUCAACCUCCUCCUCCGCCGGACGCUCCGCACGUCCAGAGCCUCACCCGCAAGCAUCCGGCCCCUCCUCCCCAGCAUCUCCGGCGCAAUUAUCCCUCCCUCCUCAGCGCUGCUCUCACAGCGACGCCCGUUCUCGGCGCACGCGAGCCUGCGCAAGGGCAUCAUGCCCGACACCUCCAACCCGGACAAGGCGCCCACCAAGACGGAGACCAAGUUCGCCGUGGCCGAGCUCUCCAGCGAAGAGUACAAUGACCUUGCAGACGAGUAUAUGAAUGACUUGCUGGAGAAGUUUGAGACGCUUCAGGACAAUGGCGCGCCGAUUGACGUGGAAUACUCGUCCGGCGUCAUGACCGUCACUGUCGCUGGCAAGGGCACCUACGUCAUCAACAAGCAGCCCCCGAACAAGCAGAUCUGGCUGUCGUCCCCCCUGUCCGGGCCCAAACGGUACGACUUUUGCGUCGAGAGCGAGGGGCAGGGCGACAAGGAGGGCACGGCGCUGGGGACCUGGAUAUACACGCGCGACAACUCGAGCCUGGACGAGCUUAUACUCAAGGAGAUUGAAAUGGAGCUGUAA